CCUGGCGACCCGUGCGAGCAGUCGCUCGCUUCAAAAGAAUCGAAGCAAAGAUGGACUCCUGAGAGAUUUUUAUACACACGCCAGAGUAGUCGUCGCCGUGGAACCUGGGAGUAUUCCGCCGUUAAAUUCUCACCGAGGCGCGCCCGAGGAGGGGCCGGACGUUCUUUUAUGAUCACGCUCGCGGGGUGUGAACGAUGAUCGUGCAGGAGCCAGUGCAGGCGGCCAUAUGGCAUUGUUUAAAUCAUUAUGCUUAUCCAGACGCUAUAUUCCUGGCGGAACGGUUGUGUGCGGAAGUGGACACGGAGGAGAGUUUGUUUCUUUUGGCAACAUGUUACUAUCGCUCCGGCCGAGUUAGGCAAGCCUAUGCCUUGUUAUCCCAGAAGGCGCCCAGUUCGGCGCAGUGUAGGUUUCUGCUAGCAAAAUGUUGUUACGAUUUGGAAAAGUACGCGGAGGCGGAGGCUGCGAUAAUCGGCGGGUACUACAAACAGUUGAAGAACCUGGAAGAGAUAAUAACGCAGUUCGGGGAACAGGCGUGCUUCUCCCUGCAGAUAAUAGCCAAGAUUUACUACAAAAUGAUGCGCACCGCGAGAGGUAACGAGGCGCACAAGUUGGCACUGAAAUUGAAUCCCUUCCUCUGGCACUCGUUCGAGGAGCUCUGCAACGUCGGCGAGAAGGUGGAUCCCGCCAAGGUGUUUCAGCUGGACAAGCUAGAUUCUUUCGCCAUGUGCCACGGUACUGUGUCCACGCUCAGCUACGUCGCUGAACCGGACCUGAUCGUACCUGGAAAUAACGCCAAUACACCCAUAUCGAACGGCACUAAUAUUACACCCGUGACGACGGCGUCAACGCUGAUAAAUGGCGGGCAGUUGCCGCAGGUGCGACUGUGCUCCUCCAUGGAGGACAGCCCGCAAAAUAUGCCGAUUCACUAUAGCAAUUGCUCCUCGAUAUCGCCGAGGACCAAGGUGUCGCGUUACCGCAGCAUGUUCAGCAAUUCCAUGAGCCCGCUCACACCUAGCUUCGGUAUCUUGCCGCUGGAAAACAAUACGCCCGAGCCGGCGGUUCCACCCUCGCAUACGACUCUCACGGAAGCCAACGACCAGAAGAGCUUGGCGAAACGAGUCAGUAGUCUAAGGGCUCAUGUGGGGCAAUUGAUGUCGAGAAAAGAAACGCCGCUGCAACAAGGCAAAUCGGUGUUUUCCCAGUCGGGGAAUACGAGCAAUACUGCCAAUAUUGUGACAGUGACAGCGGCUAAUCCGACCUCACCCCCGUCACCGACGUUUCAGGGCACCAAUGUUAGACGGUCGUCGCGACUCUUCAGCCACAAUUCCGUAAAGGAAAACAAUAAAUCGCCCAAUAGGAAUAAAUUUGCGACUCCAAAGUCACCGUCUCGGAAGACGAAAGCGAGACUGGCCAAGGCGAAUUUGAACAAGGCCAAUUUCAACGAGUUAAAUGAGAGGAAUAGAAACGAAAAGGAGAAGAGCGAAACGAUUACGUCGGAGAAAGCUGUGGCUAACGCGAACGCGCUCAACGCCCAGAAUAAUAAUAUUCAUUCGGGAAUAACAUUGCAAAAGCAAUCGGCAGAGGGUUUGAUGUCCUUGUUACGAGAAUUGGGGACGGCGUAUCAGCACUUGAGUCAGUACAAAUGUACACAUGCGAUUGAAAUACUAAGUGUACUGCCGACACAGCACUAUAAUACAGGCUGGGUACUCUCUAUGCUGGCUCGUGCACAUUUCGAAAUGAUAAAUUAUAAGAAGGCUGCUAGUUAUUUCGCCGAAGUGCGACAAUUGGAGCCACAGAGGACAGAAUUGAUGGAGAUUUAUAGCACUGUUCUGUGGCAUCUGCAUGCAGAGGUGCAGCUGUCUACGCUUGCUCAAGAUCUGGUUUCCCAAGACCGUAAUUCGGCGGCAGCAUGGUGUGCCACGGGUAAUCUCUUCUCGGCGCAGACGGAGCACGAAACCGCGAUUAAAUUUUUCCAAAGAGCUAUUCAGGUGGAUCCUAAUUUUCCGUACGCCUAUACGCUGCUAGGACACGAAUACGUUUUGACUGAGGAACUAGAUAAAGCGAUUACUGCUUUCCGUAACGCCAUCAGACUCGACUCGAGGCAUUACAAUGCAUGGUUUGGAUUAGGAACGAUAUUUUCGAAACAGGAACAAUAUAGUUUAGCGGAAUUACACUUUAAACGGGCCUUACAAAUAAAUCCGCAGAAUUCUACGCUGAUGUGCCACAUAGGUGUCAUGCAACACGCCCUGAAGAAAACCGAUCAGGCGCUCAAGACUUUGAACACCGCGCUAAUUAACAAUCCGGAUAACGCUCUGUGCAAGUUCCAUCGCGCGAGCAUCAACUUCUCCAUUGGUCGACACAUGGAAGCUCUAAGAGAAUUCGAGGAGCUAAAGAAUAUUAUACCCAAAGAAUCUCUAGUCUAUUAUUCGAUAGGAAAGGUGCAUAAAAAAUUAGGCAAUACCCAUCUUGCGUUGAUGUACUUUAGUUGGGCAACUGAUUUAGAUCCGAAAGGUGUUAAUAGUCAAAUUAAGGAAGCUAUAUUGAGCCCUGGCCAAGGAGAUGACGACUCUCCGCCGACGCAAUCAGACGAACAGCAAGCACAAAGUAAUUCAAUGGAACAGGACAUCGAAACCAGCAGGGAAGGCAGUGCCGCGCCACUUGCUGGAAACGUCUCGGUCGAGCCUCAUGCCGACGAUAGCGACGAUAGUUUGUGAAAACGAUAUGCGAGAAGACUUCCGUGAGAAAAAAUAUGGAGCGUCAUCCUUGGUGUCAUUCGAAUCGUUUCUCACUCGCCAAUAUGGCUUGGCUUACAAAAUUAUGCGCGUUCAUUGAUUUUAAAUUGAAUGGUUGUCGAUAUCUUUGCGUACUCUUCUGUAUCAUUCAUUAUUCGGUUAAAAGUAGUCGAAUUAUUUUUUCACAUCGUCGAAGUUUCUUUUCAUUUUGCACGAAUUCAAAGUUCUUGCAUACACGGAUGCGGUGUCCUUGCGACAAUAGAAGACUCGCGUGUCGUAUCCUCCAUCAACUUAUACGUUACGCGUUUCGCCUCUGUAUAUUUUUUUACAAUUGCUCGAAUCACCUUUUGUAUUCAUGCGCUCUUCAAUCAUCUUUGUGUGUGUGUGUAUGCGUGCGUGUAUGUCUCUCUUGUACCUCGUUGCUCGCGAAUUAAACCGUUUAAAGUCAAACGUGACUCAAAAACGUGGAGACGUGAAGUCGAUCGAGUUUGCCUUUAAUAAGGUUCGAUUACAAUAAGAGUGGGGCGAUUUAAUUCUUGUUCGCAGACGAGGUAUUUGAGAUUUACGGUUGAAUAGAGACUGUAUCAUGUUGCGAAAAGAUGAAUGAAUAUAACCGUAAGCAUGUCGUAUAUAGUUAGGUAAUAUAAUUAAUUGUUCGCGGAUAAGGAGGAAGAGUCUUGUGUAAAUGUAAAUUAUUAUUACUGUGUAUUUACCUAUUAUUACUAUUAUUACUAUUUACUAUUAGCGCUAUCAUUACCAUUAUUAUUCGUAUGAUUAUCAUUGUUGAUUUAGUGAUUGUGGAGAUAUCGUCGGCCGCUCGGCGUCGGAGCGGCCGCCGGACGAUCGUGCAAUUCUCGUCAUGAAGAUCCCACAUUUUUGAUCGAACAUACGAGUUCCGAAACACCGCGACUGCGAUUACAUUCGGCUUUCGAUCUCGACUCGAUAUCCGGAAUUUAGCAUAACUUGCCUCGCAAAUGUCUCUAUAUAUAUAUGUAUAUAUAUAUCUAUAUAUGCAUAUAUAUAUAGAUACUCGUCGGAUUAUAUUCUUAAUAGUAACUGGACAGAAUUUAUGACGUUUACGGCGUCGGUCUUCUCGUAUCGAUAUUAAGUGUACAAUGCAAAUUGUGUCGUUACUCCUCGAAGAACUCGUCGAGGAUUUCCCGGAACAGAGAUCGCAACAUGUCGCAUCCGGAUGAAAAACGGCGUAUAAGGAAAGAAAAAACUAAUACGUUCACCUCCAACUUUCGAACAAAUUCGAGUUGUGAUCCCAGCGCUGGCACCGUCGCGCGUGACUGUAACAUUUUAUAUUGUACACGUAAUUAAACGAAAGACACGUCACAGGGAAAAAAAUAGAAAGGAGAAAUUGUGGACAAAUCGCCGACCGAGAAAAAAAAAUGCGUCUGCGUGGUGCGCGCAGAUCAGCGUAUCCCUCUUGUUUCUUCCGCUCCCUUGUGUCUCUCUGUCCUUUUCGAUUUAUUUAUUUAUUUAUAAUAUCUUUUUACGCGUUCCGCGUUCGUCCCGUGUCUUCGGGGUGGGGGACAAGGACGGGAGCGAGAGCGGAAGUUUUCUCUCUGCAUAUCCGGGAUAUAGCGCUUAAUCUCGUUAUUUAUUAACGGCGUCUAAUCGUUAUUUAUUGUUUGAGAUCCCCGCACGUUUAUUGCUGAGCGGAAAAAAAAAUUGAGUCGCGACUAAUCUUCCAAAGAACUUUAGGAAACCGAUACGCGUGUUGUAUGCGAUGUCUGGCCCUCGCCUUUACCCAGCCGCCGCGAUACAGGAACCGAGGAGGUUCGAUCCAAGUCAACAAUCGCUGCCGUGUUACUCGUUAAAAAAAAGAGGUGUAUGCGCGAAAUAAAGGCCUGCACUUUUUA